AUUAGUAAUCUAUAUCUCUAUGCUAGUUAACAUGCUUAUACGAUUGUUUCUUUAUAUAUAUAUGUUCUUAUAUGGCGUUGCGCAUUGCGCAGUCAGCUUCAGGAGCACAUCGUAUUACAUUGUACAACGUAUAAAUAGAUUUGAAAAGAAAAAAAAGGAAAAAAAUUUAUAACUUAGACUUCUCGAAUUCUUUACUAUUGAUUAAACCAUCGUUGAUCCGACUGUUAAUUCAAUAAUAAAUCCAACUAUGUCGGCAAUGGAAUUCGAUCAAAAUUUCGAUUCAUCUGGAGGAUUCAAUAAAACUUCACUCAUUAACUCGCAUAAUAAUAUUAAUCUUAACCCUCCUAAUUUUGAGAAUGAUGAUGUUAUCACUUUAAACGUUGGUGGUAUCAAGUAUGAAACGUAUCGUUCAACGCUUACAUCCUAUCCUGAAACGUUUCUUGGAACCAUGUUUAAAGAAAGAAACAAAGAUUUGUUAAUUCCACGGGGAAAGAACAAAAAUGAAUAUUUUUUUGACCGUUCUGGGGAACUAUUUAAAUAUAUUAUCCAAUUUUAUCGAACAGGAAAAGUUAUCAUACCACCCGAAGUUGAUACCAAAGAGAUGGAAAUUGAAUUAGACUUUUUUCAAAUACCACGUCCAAUAUCAUCUACGAUUGAUAAAAUAGCGAUUUCAAAAGUAAAUGAAUUAGUAAACACUUUUAAAGAUUUAAUAAAAGAAGUAGCGGAGUAUUAUAUGAGGAAGAAUUCUUUCAGGGGGUUCGAGGCUGAAAUUGAUAUUUGUUUUCUUGAUAAUGGACAAGCGACCGUAAAGGCCGGAUUGGAUAAUACUUUAACAGAUGCAUUUGAAUCUUCAAAGCAUUAUGCUUAUAAUAUAAUGUCAGUUUAUAAAAAUGAAAUUAAGAAAUGUCUAGAAGCAGAAUAUCCAGAAUUGACAUGGACGGAUGAUCAUAAGGUUGGUUCCGUUCAAUAUUACAAAAUCAAGCUAACUAUUAGAUGGAAUUUAGACUAUGAUAAAAUCCUCAGUAGUUCUUGUAUGUCCUAAUUUUUAUAGAUUAAUUAAUUUAUUUCAAUUAGUUAUAAUAAUUUUGUUGAUAUUAAAAAAAAAGUCUGUGUUUAAUGUAUAAUGAUGUACUUUUUAGAA